AGAUGGGAUUUUGCUGUUACUACAUCAGUGGAUGCUCAGCUCAUCACUUCUUUGUCCAUGCAUAGGGCUGUUUUCCAAAGUUAGCUUCUUGAGAGGGAGGCGCAAGGUGGAACGUUGACCAAUUUUUUUCUCUCCUGGAAGAAAUAUGAAACCUGGUUCAUUUCAGCCAAGUUUGUCCCAAGCUCCCAGUUCUUAACAUUGCUUUGCAUUGCCCGUCUCCAUUUUGCUUUUUUAACAAAAACUCGUUUUGCCAAUUUGACAGGAAACGUGCGUUUUGUAAAUUAUCCACAUCUAUUCUAACCCACUGAAACGUUUGGAUGUGUUUAUCAAAUAGGCCUACUCCACGAUUUUUAUUCUUUUUUUUCCAGACGAAUAUGAAAGGAUUAUUUGUCUAUAUCGGAUAGUAAAAUCACUCUGAACGAAUUUUUUUCAUUUUUUUCCGAGGAGAACAAAGUGCCGUAAGCUUUAUGGUAUUUUCGACCUCAUCGACCAUCCAAUAUUUGCCAGGAGGCAGGCAGUCAGUAAUGUUUGGAAACUGAGCGCAACAACAAUCUCCGACAGCUUUGACCGUGUUUUGUUUUGUUAUCAGUAUCUCUGCCUAGAGAAGUAAUUAAAAAACGUUUGGGGAUGUGAGACGGCAUUGACUUUUUCCGAUUGAGCUUUUGGAGGAAUUUAACUUUUCGGGGGGAACAAUGGCGAGGUAUUUGGUGAAAAUGUCUCUUGCCAUACUUUUCCUUGGAUUUUUUAUGUUCACUUUAGCAGCCGUAAAUGCUGAACAAGAGCAAGAAGUAGAUAAAGAAGAGGAGGAAAGUACAUGUCAAGGGGCUUUCGACUUGUAUUUUGUGCUUGACAAGUAAGUUACUAUCUAAAUGCCAUAUUUAUUAUUAUACUGCAUAGACUAAAUAAACCCAGGGUACCGUUAUAUUGAGAUGCCAAGCCUCCCUGGUUACACACAUAUGUUAAUAGCAUAACCUACACUGUUCAAGCUAAAUAAAAAGUUUAAAUAAAAACGUUUUAGUGUUUUUACAACGUUGCAGACUGCUAAUGCACUUACAAAGAAUUUGUAAUGCAAAUCCACUAUUCCAGCUGUUACAGCUGUUUUUGUAAAGACUUCUCCCAGAAUCUAAAUAGGCUGCUCACAAAUUAACUUGAUGAAUUCAUUUUUCACCUCAUUAAGUCAUUACUGAACAGACAGUAGUGUGUGUGUGGUGAUGCAGGAGGAGGCUGACUCUGGGUAGAGUCAGGUGAAUAAGCAAUGAUCAUCUACUUCUCUGUAUCUUUUUUUCUUCCUCUGUCCUAAUGGGGGAAGCAUGUCUGUGCAUGCCCUCAGGUAUCUUUACAAGGUCCACUACUUCCUUUUUCACAUUAUAGAAUGGGGUAUAAGACACAGUCUGUACUGCCUGUACAUGACUACAACUAACAUUCAGGAGUAUAGUUUUCAUAGUGACCAUGCAUUUCCUCCUUUCCACCCACAUAGGAGAAAUCUUUGUGGUUCCAACAUCUUACUCUAGACCAGCAGCAGGCCUCUCUCACUGUCCCAGGAGAAAAAAGUAGACUAUACAGACCUUUCUGUCCUGCUAUAGCCUAAGCCUAGCCGCUUUAUGUAAUAGAUCAGAUCAGAUUUGAGCAUAUUUUAUAUAGAAUUUCAUAUACAAACACAACUCAUAGAAGAUGUAUGAUUAAACCUUGAUAUAUGUCUAUGUCUACAAACUUGUGUGGCCCUGGAUGUGGAUGUUGGUGAGAUUCCUGACUUCAAACAACCGAAUGCUCAUUAGUGACAUCCCCUCAUCCCUCAGGCCUGAGCUGUUUAUUAGAUGCACAGACCAUAUUCUGGUUAAGAUUAAGUUAACAGGAUGUGUGGAGGUUAACAGGACACAGCCCUUUGUACAGUAGCUUGGCUACUGGGUCAUGUUUAGGGUCUGGAGUUUUUCCUGAGCAGACCUGAGCUGGAAAAACUCUGGGCGUUAUUUACUGUAUAUCCUACAGGACCAGGAUUUUUUUUCUCCAGGCCAGGUCAGAGAAAAAACUCCUGACUCUUGUCAUGCUGCAUAGGGCUACAACUAGGCUACUACAACUUGGUCUCAAGUUUCUUAGAAUAUUAGUCCUGUAGGCUUCACGACUAGUUUAUGGAAAAAUCUCCCUCAGCCAAGUGCACUGAAUAAAGGAAAAUGGACUAUGUGGAUAUCAUGAAUCAUUACUGUCAGGGUCCAAAUGGAUGGUGGAUCAAAGAGAACCAACUCAAAGCUAUCCCUAUGUUGUGGUGUACUAUAGGCCUACUGAGGUAUGAGUUUGUGCUGAAUCAAACUGGUAGGCCCUAUCCUGCUGUUUUAUAAGGAACACAACACAAAGGGAUUGUUUUAGGCAAGUUUCUAUCACCACAGACCGGUACUGACGCCAAAUGUUCUGCAUAAUAAAAAUCCUCAAAACACACUCCCUACCACUGUAGCUAAUUCUCAUCAGAUGGUAUGGGGAAACACCCUAGUUUUACUUUUGGUCUGCUAAAAUCACUUCCUUGUCCUCACUUAGACUAGUUGUCACUGCCACACCUGCAUUUACCACUUGUAGGACGCAAAAACACUGGCCCAUGGGACAUUCACUGUUUAUAGGGAACAGGAUGAUGACGCUAGAAGCUCUGAUGCUUUAGAGGAUUUCCACAGCUGUACUGUAUGUCUUGACCUCCUUGGCAUUGAUAUCAGGGUCGUUCCAUAUUAUUUCGAUCACUUUCUGAAUGAUUUGAACAAAACCCUCCAUACAUGUUUACCCGUGGUGGAAGGGGUCAGAAAGUGACUUUUCUGUUUCUGAAUGUCAAAACAUUCAGGAGAUAGAGGUGCUCAAAGUUUGACCCAUUUUGCAUACCCCACCCUACCAUUAGAUAUCCAUGUCUUCAUCACUGAAAAAGAUAAACAGUUGAGUAUGAUAUCAUUUGAAAGCUUACAAACAGGGUUGUCAAAGUAUUUUAUAAUUUAUUGAAAAAAAAGUUUUUUAAAUACAAAUUUUACUUUUCUUAACCUAUAAAGCCAAUUAUCUAAAAACAUGUAAACUCAGAUUUGUUCAUGUUCAUAUACAGUAUGUUUUAGCUUAGACCCUAUUUUGCAUCAUCAGAGUUCUUUGUGUUGUGCCCACCAUUGGUUGAGACUUGGCAUGCUCUUGAAUACAGGGUGGGUGUCAGUCAUGUUUUGGUUGAUAAAUGUACUAAAUUGAAAUUUCAACUUUCAAAUGGUAGGCUACCACAAAGAUGGUUGAAUGUUCACACAUCAGAUAAUGUUUUUUUUUGCAGGGUAUUUUAUUAGGAUCCCCAUUAGCCGACGCCAAUGGCGACAGCUAGUCUUAAUGUGGAUUUGAGUGGGAAUAUCUGUUGUUUUAAAUUAUACUGUCAAUCUUCCAUAGGAAACCUAUUGAAAUCAUAGAAAUACAGAUACUAGAUUAGACAUUCCCAUUCAAGUUGACAUUCGACGGUGGGUGGACCGGCGGCCAUCUUUUUGGUUGUAAUUGGAAGUUAAAAUUGAAAUUACCAGCUAAAUUGCAGUGACCUGAAGGGAUAGGUCCAUUCUAUUACUUCUGUUUCUAUGAUUGAAAUGACACUCACCCUGUAUUCAAGAGUAUGCUGUGUCUCAACCAAUGGCAGGCACAACACAAACACCUCAUAUUAUGUAAAUUAGGGUCUAAGGUACAACAUAUGCGAAAAUGAGACAAAUCUGAGUUUACAAAUUUUUACAUAAUUGCUGUUGGUUAAAAUAUUGCAUAAUUGUUCAUAUAUAACAAAACAUCUCAAUAAAUUAUAAAAUUGUUUGACAACUCUGUUUGUAAGCUUUCAAAUGAUAUCAAACUCAACCGUUUAUCUUUUUCAGUGAUGAAGACAUGGAGGUCUAAUGGUAGGGUGGGGUAUGUAAAAUGGGUAAACUUUGAGCACCUCCAGCUCCUGAAUGUUUUUGCCAUUCAGGUCCAAAAUGUCACUUUCGGACCACUUCUACCAUGGGCAAACAUGUAUGGAAGGUUCCGUUCAAAUCAAAAAGGGUGCGGUCAGAAAGUGAUUGAAUUCAUAUGGAACGACCCAACACUGAUCAAACGAUGGGGAAAAAUGGAAACAGUUAUGUUUGGCACUUGUGUUUUCCCAAUGGUAGCUGCAUAUAGCAGCCAUUUGUUCCUCCUUUUCAAGUCUUCAUCAUUCUUGUUCUUCUCACAGGCCAACAUUGAAGUUGGGUGUUAAGUCAUGAUAAUUUAAAAGUCCAAGCCAACCAGACUACAGCUGAAGUCUGUAAAUAAUUUAAAUACAGUAUGUCAAAACCUUCUCAUUGUGGAAUGUGCUUUUUUAUCUCUUCAGGACCAUGGUGCUGCUUUGGCCUCCAUAAAGCGCCAGAAGUAGCCUUUGGCACAUGUGUUUUGCAGGAAUAAAUGCCUUGUUAAAUGUUAUCAUACCGUCUAGUAUUCCCAGCGUGUUGAGGGACCCGAGCCAGACAGACAUUUUAAAGGGGUUGAAUGGCAGUCAUUUAUUUAGAGAAGAAAAUGUUGCACCCAGAGAAAAGUGUAAAAAGAAGAAAGAGAGGAGAGAGAGAGACAAAAUAUCCAAGAAAAAGAGGGAGUAAGAGAGAGAAAAUAUAGAUUGCAGAUGGGGCCUAGACACAGCAAGUAGGCCUCAAGCUAAAAGUAGGUUAGUGGUUUCUCUGUACAAAUCCCUAUGCAUAGUCAGUUAAAUUGGAGUAAGAUUAUUGGUUGCAGACUGGGGUGGAAUGUGACACUAGCUUCAUGGUGUUGGAUUUUCCUCUCAACACGCGUGAGAGCAGAGCCCAUCGCCUUUACUGAGCGCCUGGUCUGACGGAGCUUUUUCCCACAUGUAAUCGGCUAGACCCAUGGCCCAGACUGACUGAACCCUCUCUCUCUGUCUGUUUGUCUCACUCACUCUCUCUCUCUCUGACUCACUUCAUUUUGCUGGUUCUAGCAGUGCAUUUUCACAUAGUCAGCAGAAAGAAAGGCUUGAUUUUAAAAUAAAAUAUAUUUACUCCGGGUCGUCCAGGCUUUUAUGUGUUUAAAAGAAUGAAUGCUUUCUCUCUCUGACAUCUAGCACAGUCCUGCACAGUCCUGGCAUGGUCUGCUUAGCGUUGCUAGAUGGUGCAUGUUGCCUCCCCGAGUGCCCUGAGGUGUUUGGAAACAGUACAGCUACAGCCAUCAAAUCAAAUGCUCUAGAAAACUAGAGACAUAGUUGUUGCUUAUGGCCUUGAGACCAUAGCCUGUCAAGCCGGGUGUACACUACAUGGUUUUGGCCCCAAUUUAGCAGCCCCAGACAAGUUUUUGAGAUCGGAGACAAAAUCCCCAUGUCGUUGCACGCGGCCGUCACCGUCGCUCGUUUAAUGUGAGCGGGUCAGAGACGCAAUCUGAGGGAUACCGAUCCCGUUUUUGAGCAGUCCCAGAUGUCCAGAUAUUUUCAAACAUGUUUGAUGGGCACAAAAUCUGCAAUGUUCUUUUUUUAUUAGAAACAAGUCAGUUAAGAACAAGUUCUUAUUUACAAUGACGGCCUACUACGGCCAAACCCGGAUGACGCUGGGCCAAUUGUGCGCCGCCCUACGGGACCCCCAAUCACGGCCGGAUUGUGAUACAGCCUGGAAUCAAACCAGGGUCUGUAGUGACACCCCUAGCACUGAGAUGCAGUGCCUUAGACCGCUGCACCACUUAGACCGCUGCACCACUUAGACCGCUGCACCACUUAGGAGCUGUUGUAGCUCUUGUAGUGUGAGAAAUGCAACAACAAGAUUUGAGAAUGGUGAUCAGAAAUAGCCAAUGAGAGCUCUCCAGAGAAGGAGCCAGUGAGAUGAUGACGUUGUAUCGCAUCACCCAGAAUGUGUACUCUCGAGCAGGAGCGAUGACCACUACUAGUACGCGUUUGUACUUGCCAAAGUGUCAAAUCGUUACAGCUCUGACAAGCUCUUUACGCACAAUGUUAUUCAAUUCAAAAUGUAUUGGCUAGAUAUUUGAACUCUGUAUGGCAAGCGUGAAUAUUUGACUGAAAACGUUUAUGAAGCUGCUUUGAGCCACAGCUCGUUCUAGCUAUCUAAUCACAUCACAUCCUUGUUUUAGCGAGACAGCGUUGGAUUCGAGAAUCAUCACGACCAAGUGAAGAAUCUUGUAGUGUGUGACCCCCCGGUCUGUGCCACAUCGUUUAGUGGGCGCACCACUACGUUGGCAAGACAAAAAACUACAGGAAAGACGUGUAGUGUCGGCCUGGCAUAAGUCAUCUUGUUUAGUCUUUUGUCUGUUACUCCCAGGACAGUUUUCAAGGAGUUGGUUAGAGCACUGACCUCACCAGUCCCUCGAGUUUGAUGUUGCUGAACUAUUUUGGCCUCUGUCAUCUGUUUGGGCUGACAGACAAGGAACUGGACUGAAGAUCUUCGGUGGAUAUUUUCUGCUUCCCCCAGCAGAUAAAAAGCCAACACGUUGUUUUAAUUAUCCCAGUCUUCCUAAUGUUACCCCGAUCUCUCUCUCUCUCUCGCUUUCGCUUUCUCUCUCUCUCUCUCGCUCUCUCUCUCAUAUAUAAGUAUAGUCAGAGGAUCUAUCAAUUGUAUAACACACUAGGGAAAGGAAACAUAUAGUCAGUCAUUUUAUGACAUAAUCUCCAACUCCUGUCAUCAAGGGCUCAAUCAUUUUAGUCAACAAAGCUGUUGAAGCUUGUGUUAACAACUUCCAAAACAUUUUACAUCGACAAAACUUUGAGCUGUAAUGGUUUGACUCAGUUAGAUCAAAGAAGAAGUACCACAAACAUUUUCAUCAAGGAUCUUACAAGAAAAUAGCCCACUUCCUUUCCUAAUGCUGUUUAUACAGGUGAGGAAACUGCAAGCUAGGCCCCAAUCCCACAACUGCCUGGUACCUCAGAAAACAGUCUUGUCCAACACAAAUAAUAUCCAUCGUGAUGCAAAAAAUGUCCAAGGCGGGAGUUCUUAGCUUAACCCGUCUUAGAAAAACACUGAAACGCUAUCCCUAUAUGACUGUCGAGUACAUGAAAGAAGCCAUUUUGAGUUGCAGUAUUUUCCCCUUGUAAUGAAACAAACUGCAUCUCUGACACACUGGCUCUUCCCUCAGGUCAGGGCAGUCCAACUGUGUGUAUUCAAGCCGCGUCAGAUGAACACUGUUUAUUCAGCACAUUUGUUGAAUGAGACGUUAGCUGACCUCCCCCACAAGUAUUAUUUGGGUAAGGUUUGUUUAGUUUGAAAAGUCUUGGCCCCACAGGGUGCAUUGCUUCAGAUGAAUGCAAUGCCUUGAUGUGCUGAACAACCAGGAAGUUUGUUGGAGGAAAAAACAAGAACAACAGAGCUUAUAAAGAAUAUACUCAACUCUCUAUCUGCUAAGUAUAUCAUGUCUGUUUAUCCUACACAACGACAACAAAAAUAUACACCAGGAAACCAGUAAGGAGACUAAACUGGGAAACAAGUUAAUGUUAUGUCUGUCUCCAGAUUAUAACUAUUACAUGUGACAUCCAUGUGCGGCUUCGUCAGCAGCAUUGUCCUAUUUCAGGCUACUGCUUCAUCCAUCCGCUAACUGGACUGUGGUUUGGUUCAGUUCAAUAAAUUAGCUCAUUUCCAUGUGUUAUAUCCUUCAGCAAACGAGUCACCGCCACAACCCCCAGCCAGGUCCCUUCCUUCCAUUCACACGUGGGUCUGAGAGGAAAUGAAGCUCUUCGCUGUGGUCCCUCAGGGAGGCUCAGAGCUGUUUCCUCAGCCCCAUGGGAGUUGAGCUGGGCAGUUUGCUAAAUUAAUUACUGGUCCUCAGAUGUGUCCUAACCUACUUUCCUCCUUUUCCCUAAUGCAUGGAGUUAGUUUGUGUCAAUGGAGAUUUUCCAUGACAUUGUUAGGCCAGUCAGCUUAAUAAUAGUAUCUCUGUUAGGAUUGUGUGUUUACUUUAUAUGUUGCACACAAUUUCUUUACUAGGAGGUGUUGGAUAAACAUAUAGGAAAUGUGUCAAGUGUGAUUUUAAACAACAGUAAUUAAAAUGAUAAGUAUUCCUCUGUGUUCUCUCUUUCUAAGAUCUGGCAGUGUCAAAAACCACUGGAUAGAAAUAUACUCCUUUGUGGAGCAUCUAGCUGAAAAGUUUAUCAGGUAAGAGAAAGUAUUUUCAAUAUCAUUUAUUUUUUACAUUGAUUGAGAGAUGUAUAUUGGGCCUAUAUGAAUCCUACGUACAUGUACAUCUCCUGAAGAAAAUAUCACUUUUACUUUCUUUAUGUGACACCAAAUGUUUGCAUAUACUGGUAAAGUUACCAGGUUGUUAAUAGGGCUGCAUGAUAUGGGCAAGAAAUCGAAUUGAUUUUUCAACCAAAUAUUGCGAUUUGACUUGCAAUAUAGAUCAAACAAAACACUUGAGUGAACUAUUGGAAUCAUAGAAAUAGAAUGAUUAUUCUAAUUCUGUGGUUGGUGUUGUUUGGCAUGACAACAAAUGAAAAAGCCAGGUAAGAGUUAUGACAGGUGUGAUGCGUGAUUUGAAGGAGUCAGGCGCAGGAGGGUAAAUCACAGUAUACAGUUUAUUCCGUAAUCCAGCGUAACCAGUCCAGUGCGCAAAACGGGCGCACUGGAACAAACAUGCACACUGAGAAAAUACCCCGGCAAUGCAAAAUACUGAGCUCCAGCAGGAGAUGUAGACCACUACACCGCGACCAAGCAUGUCCCGAAACACCUCGUUCACAAAGGACUGGAAGAUGGAUGGAGCAUUCAUCAAACCGUAGGGCAUCACCAGGUAUUCAUAAUGCCCUGUGGUUGUGCUAAAUGCUGUCAUCCACUCAUCCCCCUCUCGGACACGCACCAGGUUGUACGCACUCCGGAGAUCUAAUUUGGUGAAGAAGCGGACCCUAUACAUUGACUCAAUCACUGAAGGAAUUAGGGGGAGAGGAUAACUAAAUCGUAUUGUCUCCUUGUUCAGGGAUCGAUAAUCAAUGCAUGGGCGCAGAACGCCGUCUUUCUUCUUCACAAAAAAUAAACUUGAGGAGGCGGGUGAAGUGGAGGGACGUAUAAACCCCUUGCACAGGGACUCGGUGACGUAUGUUUCCAUAGCCUCCAUUUCAGCCUGUGACAGGGGAUACACAUGACUCCUGGGAGGAACAGCGUCUACCCGGAGGUUUAUCGCACAAUCCCCCGCCCGAUGUGGUGGUAAUUUGGCUGCCUGCGUUUUGGAUAACGCGUACGCCAAAUCGAGGUAUUCGGGGGGAAUGUGCACGGUAGAGGUACUGUCUGGACUUUCCACCGUGGUUGCACCAACGGAAACACAGAGACACCUACCCUGACACUCUCGCGACCACCCCGUGAGAACUGUCUGUGGCCAUGAGAAUGUGGGGUUGUGGAGUGCUAACCAAGGGAUACCUAGUACCACAGGGAAAGCAGGAGACUCAAUGAUAAAAAACGUGACUUGCUCGCAAUGAGUCUCGUGGAUAACCAUGGUGAUUGGUGCGGUAACUUCCCUAACAAACCCGGACCCUAGUGGUCGAUUAUCAAGUGCUCUGAUGGGGAGUGGAAUGGAUAGGGGAACCAAUGAAAUGCCUAGACUGUGUGAGAAUGCCCUGUCCAUAAAGUUCCCAGCUGCGCCUGAAUCGACUAGCGCCUUACACUUGGGAACUACAAUGUGAUCAGGAAAGUAGAUGGGUAGGGUACAGUGCGCAGCAGAGGGCUCUGAACAAGUGUGAGUGUUCGAUACCUGGGGUGAUGCGAGAGUGCCCUGCCUGCCGCCUCCAGACCCAAAAGAACGCUGACGACAUCGUGCGGUGUAAUGUCCCUUCGUGCCACAAGAGUGACACUGGCGCUGUCGUCGGAUCGCGACUCCACCCAUCUCCAUCAGCUCGUGAUCCGAGUCGGCCGGGGUUGGAAUCGGCAGACCCCCUCCAGGACGUCCUCUGGCCGCCAGCAGGUUGUCCAAACGGAUGGCCAUGUCCACCAGUUGCGUGAAGGACAACAUGGUGUCCCGGCAGGCUAGCUCCCUUCGGACGUCCUCCUGCAGAUGGCACCGGAAGUGGUCGAUAAGGGCCCGCUCGUUCCACCCGGACCCAGAUGCUAGAGUCCGAAACUCCAAGGCGAAGUCCUGCGCAGUCCUCGUCCCCUGCCUCAGGUGGACCAGCCGCUUGCCCGCCUCUCGACCUUCGGGCGGGUGAUCGAAGACAGCCCGAAAGAGGCGAGCGAACUCUCCGUAGUUGUCCAACGCGGCUCCUCCUUCGUUCCAGACCGCGUUGGCCCACUCCAGGGCUUUCCCCGAGUGGCAGGAGACGAGGGCGGACACCUUCUCCCGCUCCGAUGGGCCCAGGCUGAUGCUGGAGAAGUAGAGCUCCAGUUGGAGGAGGAAUCCCUGGCAGAGAGCAGCUGUCCCGUCGAACUCCCGUUGACUUUGUUGUAAUGUUUGUCACUCAAAUAUCACAUGAACACACAUAAGACAUGGCAAAAUGUGUAGAAUUACAGGAAAUUAGCUUUAAAAUGGCAACAAAUAAAAUAUCCAUCCCAUGGCAAAAUGUAUAGAAUUGCAGGAGAUAAGCUUUAAACCUGCAGCAAUUUCUCUCUGGCGACAAGAUGGGUGUGAACAGUUUGUGUCAUGAACAGUGCAUUUGCCCAUAGAUGUUCCCCAAUGCUGGAAGGUUGGUCUGAGUGAUAAAGUUUGGGAACCCCUGAUCUACACCACCACUGGUAGCAACCAGUAUUAGAGCUAGUGCAUUUAGCUAGCCAGUUAGCUAGUUAGAGAUUAGCAUUAGCUGUUAGCAUUAUUUUAGUCACAUGCCUUAGACUUAGACUAACUAACUCGUGUUUUACAGAGAGCAAGAUACACAAACUUAUAGUAUAAUAGAGAAGACGUGGAUUCCUAUUUUGAAGUAACGUAGAAAACAGCAUCAUUUUUGUUUUGGAAGAAUAUAUUGAGUGCAUGAAUUUCACAGCAUGCUGAGAGAACAAACAGCAUGGAGGAACUGUGUGCUGCUGCUUGAGUGACAGGGGGUGGUGCUUGGUGUGUGUGGCCUGGGAACUGGAAGCAAGCAGCCGCAGGAGGCAGCCUGUCUUGUUUGAGUAGUGUAAAGAGGGUUGCGGAUAAAUAUUGUUAUGCAUUACAUUUUUUAUUGGAUUUUAUUCUAGUUGCACUGGUGCUCCCAAAAUAAAACUCCAGAUCGCACAGCAAAAUAUUUUGUCGCAUAUGCUUCUUACCAACCCACCGCUGUAAUGGCAUGUGUCAUGAACAUAAUGGCAGGUCGAGAGGUUCAAGCUGGGAGACAAAUUUGGACGUGACCAGACAUCUAAAAGCCACUUCAGGCUGACUCCCCUUAUGUCAGUAGCUAGUUUUCUACCUCAGUUUGGGUGGCAUUGUUUUCCAUCAUCAACAUAGUCUCAAAAACAACACCUGAAACCAUGAAAUUGAGUUUGAACAUGCUGUAGUAUUGCAGGCAACAUGCUCACUUCAAUGUAUGUAUUUGUCUGAAGAACGGGGUCCUGAAUCCUGGCACAUACACAAACAAUAGGACAGAACUCACCACAUGAGAGAAUUCACAGACUUAUGCUUAGAUGCAUGGACAUCAGAGGAGGCUGGUAGGAGGGGAGCUAUAGGUAGACGGGCUCAUUGUAAUGGCUGGAAUGAAAUCAAUGGAAAGGAGUCAAACGUGGUUUCCAUAUGUUUGAUGUGUUUGAUACCAUUCCAUUUAUUUUAUUACAGCCAUUAUAAUGUUCCCGUCCUCGUAUAGCUCCUCCCAACAGCCUCCUCUGAUGGACAUGUUUUGGCGUAAGGUUUUUCUCAUGCUAGGGACAUUUUGACGUCAAAACACAUCCUAGCAUAUCACAAUAACUCAGUGAAAUAAAUGGUUUGGAGUGUGGUUCCUAUUGUUUGUUGUUUGUUUAUUGGUUGAGUUCAAACAUAGUAUGGCCUCUUUGAGGCUUGACAAAAUGAAAAUGGUUCCAAAAAUGUACAGUAUAUCUAACCCUUUUGUUUGUGUGUUGUUUUACAGCCCCAUGUUGAGAAUGUCCUUUAUUGUGUUCUCAUCCAGAGGAACCACUCUCAUGCAACUGACAGAAAACAGGUAAACUAAAAUAUUGGUUGUGUCCCAAAUGGUACCCUAUUCCCUUUAUAGGGAAUACGGUGCCAUUUGGGAUGCAUACAUUGUCUUGUAUGAGGACUUUGAAGUAGAAGAAAGUUCUGAAGCCCUCUAAACUUGUAUCUAUUUUACUCAGUAAUUACAUUUCAAGACCAGACAAGGACAUUUUCAAUGACGUGAUUUGUGAUUGGUGUUGUUUGUCAGGGUGGAGAUAAGAAAAGGUUUGAAUGUGUUGAGGAGAGAGAUACCAGGUGGAGACACCUUCAUGCACCUGGGCUUGGAAAGGGUACAUAUUUUACAUUUACAUUUUAGUCAUUUAGCAGACGCUCUUAUCCAGAGCCUGCUUCUGACGUGGUUCUUACUUUAUCACGUUAUUUACCUGUUUAACAUAUUUUUGUUUUAACAUAAGAAGAACAAUAAUAAUAAUAUUGUCUUCUGUUUUCAGGCAAAUGAGCAGAUACACCAUGAAAACUUUGGUAAGCAUACAAUGACAUUUGUCACUACAUCUAGACCUAAAUAAAAAAAUAACUCAUUUUUUUCUGUACUUGGCAAUGUUGAGUCAUACCAUUGAUUGACCUCUCCGUUACAGGAACAGCAAGUGUUAUCAUUGCCUUGACGGAUGGGGAGCUGAAUGAACACCAACUCGUCACUGCACAACAGGAGGUAUGCAAAUAGGAUUAUAGCAUUCACCUUCCUGUUGAUGUAAAGGAAAGACAAUGUAAAAACAUGUUCUCUGGUACUGAUUCUUGUUUUUUUACAACAGGCAGAGAGAAGCCGGUCUCUAGGAGCUAUGGUGUACUGUGUUGGAGUAAAGGACUUCAACGAGACACAGGUAAGGAUUUAGUUUGCAGUAAAACCGAUGCAUGUCCUGCUCCCCUGUGAAAACACAUUUAGGAACCUGUUUUAAAAAUUAAAUUACAUAAUUACAUGCAGUAUACUACUCACUCGAUAUUCUUUCACUACAAUGGUUACAAUAUGUGCUAUUUAUUUUUAGUAACCCGUUUGUAGACUAUGUAUCCCAUAACUGUAUCAACCUACACAUCUUGAACCUGAGCUUGCUUGUGAGGUUGAUAGUGCUACUUAUAUAAUAUAAUAUGCCAUUUAGCAGACGCUUUUAUCCAAAGCGACUUACAGUCAUGCGUGCAUACAUUUUUGUGUAUGGGUGGUCCCGGGGAUCGAACCCACUACCCUGGCGUUACAAGCGCCGUGCUCUACCAGCUGAGCUACAGAGGACCACUAUAUGCCAGGCUGCGCAUUAAUGAUAGAGAAAUUGGGCGAUUUGACUAGCAUGCAAACGAUUAACAUAUUAGCUAAGAAGAAUGUUUCAGAGUCAUGCAGUGUUAAACUGGAUUUGAAACCUGAUUGGCCCUAUGCAUCAUUUUACCACCUGGAUUGACUUUCACUAAAUGCCUGGGCAUAAUAUACUGUACUUCACCUGUCAAGGUACAGUAGUUUAGUUAUCUGUCCAAUGUUGUUUGUACAUUAGGAUUGUACCUGAUUGUGCUUAGUGUGCCUAUCAUUGUACUGUUAUUUCCCCCCUAACCUGGUCAUGCAUGUAGAGAAAGAUGGAGCCAUACACUCUUAGAAAAAAGGGUUCCAAAAGGUUUCUUCAGCUGACGCCAUAGGAUAACCGUUUUUGGUUCCAAGUAGAACCCUUUUUGGUUCUAGGUUGAACCCUUUUGAGUUCCAUGUAGAGCUCUCUGUGGAAAGGGUUUUACAUGGAACCAAAAAGGUUCUACCUGGAAUCAAAAAGGGUUCUUCAAAGGGUUCUCCUAUGGGGACAGCCGAAGAAUCCUUUUAGAUUCUAGAUAGCACCUUUUUUCUAAGAGUAUAGAGAUACAAUAUAAUUCUGUGGUUGGAGAUCUUAUUUCACUAUUUCAAAUCAAGUGUUCACUGAACUCUUCACUGAAGGGAAUGGGUCAUGAUGUACAUAAUAUGUGUAUGUCUCUGGUUCCUGAGAUGUGAGCCAAGAGGAAGCACUGAGACUGUGUAAAUAAACCUGCUCUCUCCUUCCCCCUAUAGCUGGCCACCAUAGCAGACACCAUCGAGCAUGUGUUUCCUGUGAUGGGCGGAUUCGUAGCCCUGCGAGGAGUGAUUGACUCGGUAAAUAAACCCUGGACAGGAAGGAGAGACAGUCCUGUUUCAUAAAACAUACCUUCAAAGAAAGAUAAAAUAAAGAUGAAAAGACAAAAUAGACAAAGCUGUUGUAGUCUACAGUUACUGAAUGUCUCAAAUUUGAUUUACCUGUCUAUUUCGACACAGAAUCCUCACAAGCUAUGAGUUAAUUUGAGCUAAUAUUAACCUAGUCAACUCAAUUAAUCUCCUUAUUCUCCUUCUCCAGAUCAUCAAGAAGUCCUGUAUUGAGAUCUUAGCUGCAGAGCCCUCCAGUGUUUGUGCAGGAGGUGGGGUCCCUAUAGGAACAAAGCAGAUCAAUGCCAGUCAAUGCUAGUUCCCUGUCAUUGCCUAAGUGCCAAGCUGGUGCCGGUGCCUUCCCUCUGACUGGGGCUCAGCUGGCUCGUAUUCAUUAGGGCACACCAUAGUAAAACGUAGCAAACAUUAUGCAAUGGAAAACUUAAACAAGCGUUUCUUAUUGGACAUAUUCAGGUAGUCCCUCCCUGUUUCAGUCUGUUUUUUUCUCAAUUUGUUGUCUAGUAAAUUAUUAUAUGUAAGGUUUAGUUUAUUGUCAGUCAUAGUGUACAACAUUGGCAGCUAAAAGCUGAAUUGUAGUGUUCAGUCCAUAUGUAAAUAUAGCUAAAUAAACAAAUGAAGAAAUCAAGGGAGUAUCAUUGUCACAGCCAGAGAGAAGCCUCAUUUAGAGUGUCUCUAAAUGAAAUUUAUGCUGGUCUGCCAAAUGGAAGUCAAUUUGAUAAAUGACGUUUCCUAAGCAUUUUUUCUGUAUUUUAUUUAACCAAUGUUAUCAAGCCUAUCUAGCUAAUAUUGUAUGCAAUCCAACAUAAUUGUGCAAGGUCUGAUAGCCUAUGAUGUAUGUAUGUAUCUCUGUACUAUUUUUCAAAACUAAAGCUGUUGUCUUUUAUUUCCAGAGAGUUUCCAGGUGGUGGUGAGAGGGAAUGGUUUCCUUCAUGCCAGGAAUAUAGAGCAGGUGUUGUGCAGCUUUAAAGUCAAUGACACCCUCACAAUUAGUGAGUACCUGGUUACAUUUAAGCAAUAAGGCCCAAGGGGGUGUGGUAUAUGGCCAAUAUACCAUGGCUAAGGGCUUUUCGUAAGCACGACGCAACGCAGAGUGCCUGGAUACAGCCCUUAGCCAUGGUAUAUUGGCCAUAUACCACAAACCCCCAAGGUGCCUUAUUGCUAUUACAAACUGGUUACCAUCGUAAUUAGAGCAGUAAAAAUAAAAUGUUUUGUCAUACCCAUGGUAUAUGGUCUGAUAUACCACGACUGUCAGCCAAUCAGUAUUCAGGGCUCGAACCACCCAGUUUAUAAUUAUGCUUAAUACACUGUAGGCUUACCAGGUGUUUUUAUACUAAUGUGUAUAAUGUGUAUUUUCAGCUGUAACAUGCAUGAAGUACUAUAGGUGAUUGAAGAAACUAAAGUUAUUUAAGGAAACUGCUGACAAGAGUGUUGGGCUCUCUCCCUAGAUGAGAAGCCUGUGGCUAUCGAAGACACAUUCCUGCUGUGUACAGCUCCGGUUAUAGAUGAAGUUGGGCAGUGAGUACCAUUCUUAAAUCAGUUUUUAAAAUGGUCAGAGCUAUCACUGUUUUUCAGCACUGUAGGAUGAGAGUGUGUUGCCUCUUAACCACAUGUCUAGCCGAUCACUCUCCAGCCCUCGCACAUAAACACACGCACAGAGGGAGAGACCGAGAGAGAACCAGAAGAAGCCUGCCAUGCAUUAGGGUGUCUUUACGAUCCCUGUCAGGGCCACAUUCCACUCCUCCUCUAUUCUCUCUAUAUGAUGAUGAGUUCACUCAUUUAGAGCCUCAUUGGUUAGAGCCCUGUGUAUUCAUAAUGAGGAGUGUUACAGUUGCCCCUUAAUCCUAACAACAGACACACCCAUCAUCAGCUGGCUUCGUUUCUAAAUCAACAAACCACUUUAGAGCCCCUUUUUUUCUCUCCUCAUUCCCCUAAUCUCUCCCUUCCCUGCUUACCUCUCUCCUGUCCUCUCCUUUACCCUCACCCUGCCACAGUGACUCCUCUGUCUCUCUAACUCCCUUCCCUCUCUGCCAAAUUUGUUCUCCUCUUCUGUCAUCUUCUCUUCAUCUGUAGUCAUCUGGCAGUUAGCACCCCAUGGUCAAAUGUAUCACCCUCCCCUCACACACAAGCACACACAUACUCACAUCUCUACAAAAUGUGAACAUGGCCCAAGUCCAACUGUCCAUAUUUUUCCUCUGAUCGUUACUUCUUUAAGGGAUAAGAAGCUGUUUGCUGGCGCUGAGGUAUGCGUGCACAUUAACUUAAACCACAUACCCGACUCCAGACAGUCAAAUCUGAAGAGGCUUAUCAGUCAAAAUGGCCUACUUCGCAUACCCUCUUGAUCAGUCUAUGUACUUUGCACCCCUAGAAAAAAUGUGGGGAAUUCAAAAUGUUUUUUGUUUUUUUAUCAAGGUUUGAUAUUUUCCAGGCUACCUGAGGUCACGUGUGUAGAAUUGUUUUGCACCCAGAUGAGAAAGAUACUUGUGGUAGUUUUUGGAGAUAGGAAGAAGAGAUGUGAUAUGGGCAUCAAUUGUUUUUGAUCGGGCAAGGUAAAACUUGUCUUGGCUGAUAAAGGGGUUAACCAACUUUGAUGCCAGUGCCGAUGCCCUACUUAGUCUCAGACAUGUAAUAACAUGUCUGAGCAAUAAUAGCUUGUUUGUUUGUUGGGCGCAAAUCUCUUUUUGUGUGGCGCCUUGGCACUGGACAACAGUGCCAUUUUGACAUUCAACUGUCUUGUCCAAGCAAGUCUUAACUAGCAUAAUUUGCUUCCAUUUGGUGUAUCCUGUAUUGAAACCCUGUGGGUUUUUGUGUUUCAGGGUUGUUUAUCUACAAGUGAGCAUGAAUGAAGGCCUGUCGUUCAUCACUAGCUCUGUGCACAUCACCACCACAGAGUGUGUAAGUAUGGACUUCCAAUCACAUUACAACUACUACUCAAAAACUCACCAGAAAUUGUCUUUUGUUGGGAAACAAUUAUUCCAUUUCCAGAUUUUUGCAUUGAAUCCUCUUUUUUUUUAAUGCUGUUCUAUCUGAAUCUUUUUCUGUUUUUCAUUUCUGCCUAAUUGUUCCUCCUCCUCUUAAUCUUGUUCCGGGGCCUGCCUUUUCUCUUCUCUACAUUUUGUCAGAGGGCUCCUGUUUUGCUUGAGUACGUUUCCUUCUCUGCUCUAUCUGGAGCCAAACCACGGGGGGGGGCUUCAGCAAUGAUUCACCCAAAAGCCCCCCAAAGCCCCCACGUCAGUGUGAUUUUAACCAGCACUCCGCUCACCCACAAAAUAAAGAAAGAAAAAAACACCACCACUUCUCAUCCACAAUCUAUAGGCUCUAAUAUGAACCAUAUUGUCCCCUAUUUAGAUCUUGAGACCCCCUCCUCAACUUUUCUCAUCUCUCUUCAGUCUUCCUGGUCUGUGUAAUUGGAGGUCCUAACCCUGUCUUAACAAUGACUUUUUUCUCCCCUGGCAGUUUGAUGGUACCAUCCUUCUCAUCACCCUCCUGGUUCUUUUCCUGUUGAUGGCAAUGCUGUUCAUGUGGUGGUUCUGGCCCCUCUGCUGCACUGUGGUAACCAUAAAAAAUUGGUUCAAUAUGAUGGCAAUUAUGGGCCACAUGUUAUAUUAUACUGUAUAGAGUAGACCCUUUAGCAGAGUAACUGCCAUUUUAAUGACUUACGUAAUAACCUUUUAAAAGUAACCUGGUUCAAUGUAAUGAAAAUAUGUUCUAAUUGUUUGUGUAAGGGUGUUACCAGAAUAUAAUAGAUAUGACUUUAAAAGUGUGUAACAAUUUCUUUGGCAGUUUUGCAGUUCAUUCUGAUGAUAAAUACCAGGAAAUGAUAAUGAACACCUGAUGUGACCACUAGUCACUGUCAUCAAUUAAUAUUAAUGUGACUUUCCACCCUGAACUUCCUGUCUAGGUGAUCAAAGAGCCUCCUCCACCACCCCCUCCAGAGCCAGUAAGUCAGCCCUUGAAGACGCAUUUUGCUUUUUUACAUCCAAAUCUCAAUUUUGUUUUUGAGAAACUUAGCCCAACCAGCGAGUAACUUCCUAAUCUCGUUGUGCAGUACAUGAACAAAUGCUCCAAAAACACCCAAAUACAUCCUUUUAGAAACAGAAAAGCUCUCAAUAUAGUGAUGCAGGGCUUUAGACGUUGAACACAUGACAUUUUGUCAUUCCGAACUUUAUCCGCAAUGUCAUAUUCAGUUUUGUUGUGACUCGAGCGAUGCCGUCCAUUCUAGCAGCAGGCUACACGGAGAAUGGAAACAGCUGGAUAGGGGAAACAGCUUGAGUCGCACAAAAAAACUAAAUUACAGUUACAGGCACCAUAAUUGCUCCCUGUGGGUGUAUAAAGCAGACAAGACAACUUAGAUUAUCGAGGGUUUUACGCACAUCCAAACUUUUUACAGGAGCUGGACAAAGAUCCAAUAUAAAGAGAACUGGGGAAUGGGGAACGUCCACUCACCAUUAUACUCCCAAUUGUAAUGUUUUAUAAACAAUAUGGAACCAUCUUACAGAUCAUAUUUGAACUUUUCCAGAAAUAGCAGACGGAAUUCCAUUGCAUUCCAGCCAUGUAUAUUCUCAACACAAACUCAUGGACGGUGAAUCUUUCUAAUAAGUUUGGUUUUUAAUCAAAUUAAACUAAAAACAAUCAAUCGGUUUUUAUUUAUAUUUCUAAAUAGGAUCGGGUCAGGAGCAUGAUAUCAUUACAUUUUACAUUUUAGUCAUUUAGCAGACGCUCUUAUCCAGAGCAACUUACAGUAGUGAGCGCAUACAUCUUCAUAUAUGUUUUCGUACUGGUCCCCCGUGGAAAUUGAACCCACAACCCUGAUGUUGCAAGUGCCAUGCUCUACCAACUGAGCCACAUGGGACAAUGUGACAGUUAGGUCCAACAGAUGAAAGUGGAAGAUGCAAUUUUUUUACAAAAUGAUGAAGGAAAAACAAUAAGCAGUCUGUUGUUAUAGCUUGAUGUUCCUAAACAUUCUUCCUACAGUCACUCACACCUUUCAUUCUAUGGGCAUCGCACAUAGGCCUAAUGAGGCCAAACAUUUCACAGAAGGACAAAAAUAAUGUCCAAUAUAAAGAAAAAAGGGAAUGUCUGUUGACAGUUUUGCUGCUCCUGAUAUUUUAAUAAAACAUUGGUUAUAGGCUACUGAUUAGGCUACUGUGAGCCUCUGUUGGCAAAAUCGAUGCCAUAACCAAUUGUGUUACCGCUAAGACCAGCUUUUGGUGAGUCUUAAAUAUCACCACUAGCUCUGCUUGAAUUUGGGAUAUUAGCGCAGGUUUUUAAGGACACGCCUAAAAUAUUUUCACCCCUCCUACCUCAGCGCAAGCGAGCUAAUAUAAGACAGGUAAAUUACCAACCUGGCUGGCAUUUACAAGUCGAAAUUGCCUAAGAUUGUGAUUUUGACAGUAGCUUCACCUUAACGCUACCUGAAAAUAGAGCCCUAGGCCUAUCUAUCACUUGCUUGGAAGUUAAUUAUUUGCUCCCAUCUUUUCUCUCUGCCAGGAAUCAGAUGAUGAAGAUGGCAUGCCCAAGAAGAAGUGGCCCACCGUGGAUGCAUCCUACUAUGGAGGAAGAGGAGUCGGAGGAAUCAAAAGAAUGGAGGUGAGGUGGAUCUAAUCAGCUGUUGACAUUAGAGUUACACCCAACAGAAAUGUCAAUCUUUAUCCUCCAUAUUUUCCUCCCAAACACAUGAAAGUUUGAACUUUAUUCUAGACUCUACAUCAACGCCUGUGUGUAGUAUGUAUUGUAGGCCCACUUCCACAGGUACAGUAGGUCAUAACCCAUCUUUGUUCCACUCCUACAGGUGCGCUGGGGAGGGAAGGGUUCAACUGAGGAGGGGGCUAAGCUGGAGAAGCCCAAGAACGCUGUGGUGAAAAUGCCAGAUCAGGAGUUUGAGCCGUACGAGCCCAAACCCAAGAAGGCCCACAACAGGAAGCCAGCCACAGACAGGAAGUGGUACACACCCAUACAGGUAAAAACAUUAUCUUCUUCGCUUUCCUUUCUUUCUCAGACUAGUUUAUACACUCUCUUCCUCUCUACCAAUACAUUUAUAAUAGGGUACUAUGUGUAGUAUGAAAUAACAUUUUGGCCAUGAACACUUUACACAGCUAGCAUUUUUGACAGUAUUCACUAUAGCCAUGUCUCCCUCUCUUUGUCUGCAGGGUAAACUGGACGCCAUUUGGGCCCUGUUUCGCCGUGGUUACGACCAGGUCUCUCUCAUGCGGCCUCAGCCAGGAGAUCAUGUGAGUACUAAAGCCUUAAAAACACCAUGGGAGCACCCUUCCCUAAAAAAAUGCCCCUUCAGUGGCCGACACCUCACCUGUGCCAAGAUUCAUGAUAAGGCAGAGCCCAAAACCUGCUUCAAAUCAGCCGCUGCCAUAAAAGGAAAUAAAGAAGAGCUGUGGACGCGCUCCAGACAGAUCCACUUUAUGUUUUAAAAACCUCAACUUUAACUACUUUCUGAUCGGGCACAUGUUUUAACUGCCAUGCUGACCCUUUGUAUCAAAACGGAGAUUGGAGUUUGGCUUGGAGUUGGUUGAAGGUAGUUUUUGCUCUAGAUAUGCACUUGGAGGGCUGGGCUAUCUGAGAGACUCUUUAUCCCAUAGCCCUCCUCUCCUUUCUUUCCUUCUAGAGCUGCAGCUAACCUGCUGAGGUGGCACCUCUCCAGGUGGCACCUCUCCAUUCAAUAACCCUUUUUAACUGGAAUUCCACAUUUAGAGUGUUCUCUCUGCCAAAAAUAUGAACUGAGAAGAAGUGAAGUACUGCCAGAUAAGCUCUCAACAACGACACAGAAAAUCAGCUUUCGACCGCAAAGAGGAACAAUGAUGCUAAUGAUAAUGAUUGGCAACCUUCAAAUUUCAAGGAUUUCUCCCGGCCAAAUAGAUGUCGAUACUUUGUUCAAAGUAACGAUCGCCACAUGCAAAAGGUUACAUGACACAUUGCUUAUUCCAGAGGAAGUGUUUCCGUCUCUCCGUGUAAUGGCGUCGCCUACUCAAGUAAUUUGCAGUCUCUUACGAAGGAGAAGAAAAAUUCCCAGGAAGGCCUACUGGUACUGGUGUAAUCUUUUUUUUUCUCAGGGGGAAUGGAAACGAAUACAAGGCAGGCGAGCUCUUUCCUUUCCUGUGUGAAGUGUUAUCUGAGGAGAACCAUUAAACUGUCUUACUGACUUUUCAGCAUGUCUGUCCCCUGGGCCACGCUAGCUGAUAACACAGCUCUUAUCACUCACUCCCUCUCUCUCUUUCUCACACACAGACACAUACACACACAGGCCAAAUAUUGGCGUUCACAGCACAUUCACAGGCCUUGUGUGUUUCAUUGGACCAAUUUGGCCAAGGUCAGAUCUGGAUUCCUGACAGACAUAUUUCAGUCUGUUGCUGGUGUUGCAUUUUAUCACCAUGCAAAUUGCUAUGACAAUGCCUGUAUCCUGAAUGGCACUAUUUAGAGAAGCCUUGGCUGAAAGCCUUUACAGUACAAUCCCUAGUUCCUUUGAUUUCAUCAGUCCACAAUGGAGCUGCUAUGUCCCAUAGUCAAUGCAUCCUCUCUGAAUACAACUCAUGUAGCUAUGUAACUCCAUGACACUGAAAAACAGAAAGGCACCAUCUGUUGCACUUUUCUUUCACAUUCUCUUUAACCCUUCUGUCAGUCUUCUCCCUCCCUCCACACCCCUCCUCUUUCUCCAUCUUCCUCUCCCACUCCACUAUGGGAUUCUCUGUGCUGGUUUUGGACACACAGACCCUCUCCCUGUUUGCUUAGUUUAGGUUGAGAGUGGUAUAGUGCAGUAUUGCGCGCACGUGUGUGUACUGUGGGCACAACCAUACAGAGUAUGAUUAUCAUGCUUAGUCUGGUUUAGUCAUCUCCCUCUCUCUCUCUGUGUAUAGCCCUAGUCCUAACGCACUGGCUCACCGCUACAUAGGACCUCAGCUAUUUGUCUCCAACUACUCUCCAACUUCUCAGCGAGCUCCUACGUAAAACAUCAUGUGCUCGAGCAGAUCGACUCCUGAGGUUAAAUUAUAGGCUUUGAUUUAAUGUCUCCCCUGACGGAGAUUUGCACUGCGAAGGGCAUGAGGUAAUAGGCAGCGGAGACAACCGCGAGAGUCGUCUCAACCAGCGGGGCCACAUGAAAACCCUACUGAAGCAGCCCAGGCUAGUCUGUUUUAUGACAUCUGGGUUUAAUGGUAGACAUUGGAAGAGGGAGGUUCGAAGGACAGUCUUUGUUUUGAUUUUGUGUUGUACGUUUUUGGUUCAAUGUCUCAAACCACACUGGAUCAAUGUUAAGUACUCGCGGAAAGGUAGCUGAAAUUAACCUCUCAAAGGGUCUGCAGAGAAUGUAUACAGAGAAUGAAAGGAUAUUAGAUUUUAUGUUCAACAUCCCUCUCUUGUUCUCAUCCUGUUAUUGACUUGAAGGAAUGUCAGAGACUUAGAGUGGAUUUGAGGAGACAGAGUUUGGUUACCAGAGGAUUUCGAGUUUUUUUCUCCUUGACGCAUAAUUUACAAGUCAGGACGAAUGGAAUGUGUCCUCGGUUGUUUUGGAUUUUUUGCCAAUGCGGCCACUCAGUGUGUGUGUGUUUGCAAGUGUUAAAUGCCUCUACAGUCCUACAGUAUACCCUUGUAAGUCCAUGUCUGCCUAUCUGCGUGGGGGAAGGAAAAAGGGUUACUGGGUUGUCUUUCCAGUAAGGGUAUAAAUCUGAGUUAGGCCAUAAACCACGAGUUCACAGUAGGAGGCCACUGUGGUGGAUGGUGGGGUUCAAACUAUGGGGGGAAAUACCUGUGGUGGAUGGUGGGGGUUCAAACUAUGGGGAGAAGUAGCUGUGGUGGAUGGUGGGGGUUCAAACUAUGGGGGGAAGUACCUGUGGUGGAUGGUGGGGGUUCAAACUAUGGGGGGAAGUACCUAUGGUGGAUGGUGGGGGUUCAAACUAUGGGGGGAAGUAGCUGUGGUGGAUGAUGGGAUUCAAACUAUGGGGAGAAGUAGCUGUGGUGGAUGGUGGAGUUCAAACCAUUGGGGGGGGGGGGGGGGGGGGGGGGGGGGAGUAGCUGUGGUGUGGAUGGUGGGGGUCAAACUAUGUGGGGAAGUAGCUGUGGUGGAUGGUGGGGUUCAAACUAUGGGGGAAAGUAGAUGUGGUGGAUGGUGGGGUUCAAACUAUGGGGGAAAGUAGAUGUGGUGGAUGGUGGGGGUUCAAACUAUGGGGGGAAGUACCUGUGGUGGAUGGUGGGGGUUCAAACUAUGGGGAGAAGUAGCUGUGGUGGAUGAUGGGGUUCAAACUAUGGGGGGAAGUAGCUGUGGUGGAUGGUGGGGUUCAAACUAUGGGGGGAAGUAGCUGUGGUGGAUGGUGGGGUUCAAACUAUGGGGAGAAGUAGCUGUGGUGGAUGAUGGGGUUCAAACUAUGGGGAGAAGUAGCUGUGGUGGAUGGUGGGGUUCAAACUAUGGGGAGAAGUAGCUGUGGUGGAUGGUGGGGUUCAAACUAUGGAGAGAAGUAGCUGUGGUGGAUGGUGGAGUUCAAACUAUGGGGGGGGGGGGGGAGUAGCUGUGUUGUGGAUGGUGGGGGUCAAACUAUGUGGGGAAGUAGCUGUGGUGGAUGGUGGGGUUCAAACUAUGGGGGGAAGUAGAUGUGGUGGAUUGUGGGGUUCAAACUAUGGGGAGAAGUAGCUGUGGUAGAUGGUGGGGUUCAAACUAUGGGGAGAAGUAGCUGUGGUGGAUGGUGGGGGUUCACACUAUGGGGAGAAGCAGCUGUGGUGGAUGGAGGGGUUCAAACUAUGGGGGGAAGUAGCUGUGGUGGAUGGUGGGGGUUCACGCUAUGGGGGGAAGUAGAUGUGGUGGAUGGUGGGGUUCAAACUAUGGGGGGAAGUAGCUGUGGUGGAUGGUGGGGUUCAAAAAAUGGGGAGAAGUAGCUGUGGUGGAUGGUGGGGUUCAAACUAUGGGGAGAAGUAGCUGUGGUGGAUGGUGGGGGUUCAAACUAUGGGGAGAAGUAGCUGUGGUGGAUGGUGGGGUUCAAACUAUGGGGAGAAGUAGCUGUGGUGGAUGGUGGUGGUUCAAACUAUGGGGGGAAGUAGCUGUGGUGGAUGGUGGUGUUCAAACUAUGGGGGGAAGUAGCUGUGGUGGAUGGUGGGGGUUCAAACUAUGGGGAGAAGUAGCUGUGGUGGAUGGUGGGGGUUCAAACUAUGGGGAGAAGUAGCUGUGGUGGAUGGUGGGGUUCAAACUAUGGGGAGAAGUAGCUGUGGUGGAUGAUGGGGUUCAAACUAUGGGGAGAAGUAGCUGUGGUGGAUGGUGGGGUUCAAACUAUGGGGAGAAGUAGCUGUGGUGGAUGAUGGGGUUCAAACUAUGGGGAGAAGUAGCUGUGGUGGAUGGUGGGGUUCAAUCUAUGGGGGGAAGUAGCUGUGGUGGAUGGUAGGGUUCAAACUAUGGGGCGAAGUAGCUGUGGUGGAUGAGAAUAUAACUUAUUUGCCUCAAGAACUCAGAUCUCCCCCCUACCAAUCCCCUGUCUUUCUCUCUCCCCCCCCUUUCUCUACUUUUCUCUCUCUCAUUCUCCAUAUGGUGCUAUAAACAACAUGGAGUUUUUGGAAAGCAGCCAGUUUUCAUUUGUAACAGUACAUAGGAACAGAACAUUCGACUGGGAAGAGGGGAGUCACAGCAGGGGCUGAUGGGUAACCGUCCACCCAGCUGGCCCUGGUUGGAACAGACAGAAAGGGUAGUGACCGUCCCAUGACCAUGGGGUCAGCUUGGGUCAGAGGCGUUAGCCUAGACGGGAGUAAGACACGUGUACUGUACGUGGGAGGGGGGCUGGAUCAUGUCAGGAGGGAGGUAAAAUGUAACCUGAGUCUUUACUGUAGCUUAAUGGGGUCCUGUAUACCUCCUGACUUUUAGGACAUUGAUCACCAUGUAAUCUGAUGUUACUGUCUCUUUCCCCCAGGGUCGAUGCAUCAACUUCACCCGGGUGAAGGACGAGGCAGCAGCAGCAGCCGCCAAGGCACCUCCCCGGGCCCAUAGCCCCCCUCCUCCUGCUUCGGACUACCGUCCCCUGAUCAGCCCCACUACAGCGCCGCCACCACAGACCAGCCCGCCCCCACGAGCGCCGCCUGUCAGCCAGUUACCCCCGGGGCCACCCCCCUCCCGCACCCCCCCAGGGCCCCCCUGCCCCCCUCCCACACGCCCCCCACCCUGCCCCAACAACAGACCAUGA